GGCAGGCGCGCGGCGGGCAGACUUGGAGGGGGCGGGUCUGCGCGGGCCUCGGAGGCGCCCGCCCUACCUGAGGAGAGGUCACGACGUGAGCCGCCGCCGCUGCUGCUACCACCGCUUGUGCUUCUAGCUCUGCGCGCCGGGCUGCAGCCAUGUCCUACUGCCGGCAGGAAGGGAAGGACCGAAUCAUAUUUGUGACCAAAGAAGACCAUGAAACGCCAAGCAACGCAGAGCUGGUGGCCGAUGACCCUAAUGACCCGUACGAGGAGCAUGGAUUGAUACUACCAAAUGGAGACAUUAACUGGAACUGUCCAUGCCUCGGGGGAAUGGCCAGCGGUCCCUGUGGGGAACAGUUCAAGUCAGCCUUUUCCUGCUUCCACUAUAGCACGGAGGAUGUCAAGGGCUCAGACUGUGUAGACCAGUUCCGGGCCAUGCAGGAGUGCAUGCAGAAAUACCCGGAUCUCUACCCCCAGGAGGAUGAAGAAGAAGAGGAGAAGAAGCCAGCAGAACAUUUAGAGGAGACAGCUCACAGGGAAGCCCCAGCAGCCAAAGAAGAGAAGGGGUCAAGCUAAUGGCAGCCCUGAAAUGGCAGUUCUUCCACUUCAGGGUGAUAGGAACCUUUUGCAAAAUGCCUUUCCAUCACUCUCCGAGAACAUGUCUUUUCCUGUGCUGUUCUGUGUACUGUAAUAUACAAAAUAAGUUAUUUUGAUCAUCAGGGCCCUUGGCCUCUUGACAAUACACUGAAAAAAAAAUGGAGUUUUAUGUAUGUAUGUCUCACAUAAAGAGAUCAGCAAAUGCAGCUGGCCACCUCAGAAUUCUUCUCUCAGAUUCGCCUAAAUUUUGUUAUGUGAAAUGUGAUGUGUUAGAUAAUCUCAGCAAGCAAGAAUCAUUAUUUGGGAGUGUCUCUUAUAAGUGAGCUGAUUUCUUCUGAUUCAUCAUAUCACUUGUAGUAGAUUUUAUACUCCUUUCGGAAAUAAACAGAAACAAAACAUC